UAAACCGAGAAUUUGGAUAAAAUUUCUCGAAAAAUCAAAUUAUCUCUCCUUUUUUCCUCUUCAUGCCCAUGGCAACUGCCUCCGCCUCCACCUCCACCUACACCUCCACCUCUGUACCCGUGUCUCUCCUUCACCAACUCAACUCCACGCGCUUCUCCACUACAACACACUACGCGCGCAAACUCAAACUGAAUCGCUCUCAAAAUUCUCUUCCCCACCAAUCAUGUACUUUACCGCUAAUUUUACUCCCUACAGCGACGAAAUCGAGAAGAUUGAAGAACAUCUCGAGUUCAGUAUCUCGCGCUUAUGUUACCGGACCUCCGAUCGUGAGCGAGCCCGACCCGAGGAUCGACGAGUCGGAGCCGGAUAACGAGAAAGCUGAGCCGCCGAACUUGAUAAAUCGAAGGCUUCUUUGGAGUCUUCUGGUUCGGCACAAGCUAAGAAUCAUCGUCUCGGUUUUGGCUCUCAUUGGCUGUACCUCGUGUACUCUCUCAAUGCCGAUAUUUUCUGGACGAUUCUUUGAAGUGCUUAUAGGCGCCAGACCAGAGCCGUUAUGGAAACUGCUUAGCAAAGUGGGGCUUUUAUACUCAUUGGAGCCGAUUUUCACUGUAGUUUUUGUGGUAAAUAUGAAUACCAUAUGGGAGAAGGUUAUGUCAACACUUCGAGCUCAGAUUUUUCGAAGAGUUUUGAUUCAAAAGGUGGAGUUUUUUGAUAGACACAAGGUUGGUGAGCUCAGUGGUUUGUUAACAUCUGAUUUGGGUUAUUUGAAAGAUGUUGUCAGCGAGAACAUUUCAAGGGAUCGUGGCUUCAGGGCACUUUCUGAGGUUGUUGGGACAAUAUGCAUACUUUUUGCUCUAUCCCCUCAACUAGCUCCAAUUCUGGGUCUGUUGAUGCUUUUUGUGUCCAUUUCAGUUGCUAUAUACAAGAGAUCAACUGUACCUGUGUUUAAAGCUCAUGGAUUGGCCCAAGCAUCUAUGUCUGACUGUGUAACAGAAACAUUUUCUGCAAUUCGAACUGUAAGAUCCUUUGGUGGGGAAAAGCAUCAAAUGUUAAUGUUUGGUAGCCAGGUUCUUGCAUAUCAGAAAAGUGGUAUAAAGCUAGGCACUUUCAAGUCCAUAAAUGAAUCUUUGACCAGGGUUGCUGUCUAUAUUUCUUUACUCGCCUUAUACUGCCUUGGAGGAAGCAAAGUGAAGGCGGGUGAACUGUCUGUUGGAACUGUGGCUUCAUUCAUCGGAUACACUUUUACUUUAACCUUUGCUGUUCAAGGGCUGGUUAAUACAUUUGGAGACCUUCGGGGAACUUUUGCUGCUGUUGAGAGGAUUAACUCUGUUAUAUCUGGAGCAGAAAUUGAUGAAGCCCUUGCUUAUGGUUUAGAAAAAGAAAUUCAGAAAAAAGAAGUUGGUGAUGAAAAUAUCAAAUUGUUCAUCUCUAAUGGUGCUUUUGAGAAAAGUCAACAAUUAAAUUCACAUUACAUGUCGGCACUGAAGUCAGCAAGCAAUGUGGGAAGAUUAGCUUGGUCAGGCGAUGUUUGUCUUGAAGAUGUACAUUUUUCUUAUCCUUUAAGACCUGAUGUGGAAAUUCUUAAUGGUCUUAAUUUAACUCUAAAAUGUGGAACUGUGACCGCUCUGGUGGGCUCAAGUGGUGCAGGCAAAAGUACAAUAGUACAGCUAUUGGCACGCUUCUAUGAGCCAACCAGUGGUUGUAUAACAGUUGCUGGAGAGGAUGUUCGAACAUUUGACAAGAGUGAAUGGGCUCGUGUUAUUUCAAUAGUGAAUCAAGAACCUGUUCUAUUUUCGGUCUCUGUUGGAGAAAAUAUUGCAUAUGGGCUUCCUGAUGAUGAUGUAUCCAAGGAUGACAUUAUUAAGGCAGCAAAAGCUGCAAAUGCUCAUGAAUUUAUAAUUUCUCUUCCACAGGGCUAUGACACACUGGUUGGUGAGCGUGGAGGCUUGCUGAGUGGAGGACAGAGGCAGAGAAUUGCUAUUGCAAGAGCUCUCCUCAAGAAUGCUCCUAUCCUGGUCCUUGAUGAGGCAACAAGUGCUUUAGAUGCAGUUAGUGAGCGCCUGGUCCAGGAUGCGUUAAAUCAUCUAAUGAAAGGGAGAACAACCUUAGUUAUUGCUCAUAGAUUAAGCACAGUUCAGAAUGCCCAUCAAAUUGCUCUUUGUUCCAACGGCCAGAUAGCAGAGCUGGGGACCCAUUAUGAAUUGCUGGCUAGGAAGGGGCAUUAUGCUUCAUUGGUUGACACCCAAAGGCUGGCAUUUGAAUAAUAUUGAAUUCCAUAGAUAUCAUUUCCCAAACGAUGAAGAUUAAAGAAAGGAUGAAGAUGCUGUCUAUAACUAUUUGAAUGACCAAAAAUGCGAGUAGCAUCUUUGACUUUCACUAGUGCCAUUCAUUUUUGCUGUAACCUUGAUUUUGCUCGAGCUAGACAACUCAGUCAUGGAGGGUUAUGGAGAUGAGUUGGCAAAGUUCAACUGACCUGACCUUCCAUAGCUGUUUGACACAAAUUGUAUUUUUUUUUCCCAAAGUGAAAUUUGAUAAAAAAUUGGA